GGCUCCUUUGGCGUACCUCGAGACUUCAUUCCUCAGUACAGGAACCCCUCCCUGCAACCCCUAACUUUCUUCUCACUAUCGACUACACCGCUUCCUCACGAGUCUCAAGCCGCUCUCUCAUCUACCGCCAUCCUCCUAAGUGCUCUCUCACUAGAGAGGUUGUGGGCCGGUCGAUUCUCGACGCGGCCAGCGCAAGGCAAACUGGCUGCCCUUUACGCCCAGCCACCUCCGUUGCCGGGGACGCAUCGGCUGGGAUCACCGUUCCAACCAAUUUCAAACAUCAUUUUCCAGGGCAUGGAUGAUAACGCUCGACGUCGUAGGCAGGAACAGGCCGCUAGUUCUUCCAACCCAAGACAUACUCUUCACGAUCCCAAUGCAUCGCGUAGGUCGUAUGGUACUGGGGGUUUAGAUAGGUAUCGGCCUGCCCCUGUUCAAGCUGACCCUCCAGGCUCUCGAAGUAUGGCCGCCACGACGUCGUACAGCGGGUACUACCAGGAGCCUGCGGCAGCAUUCUCCCAUUCAAUACCACAAAAUACAAUAGCGUACCCGACCGAUUAUACACAAGACAGCAGGCAAACGCAAGGCUAUAGCACAUAUAAUACAUCUAUGCUAUAUAACGUAUCGCCAGCUGGUACACAGAGCACCGUUUAUGAUACAAGUCAACAGUUCCCGUCACGGCAAGCUGCAGGUUUGCAGAUGAUGCCGUCAGAUGUUGCCGGUCCAUAUUUCCCGAGCGAGCCUACCAACGCAGCUACGGCAGCCAGCCUACAAUCGCAGACGGGAUCCUCAAGCACAUCGGGCGUAUAUCAACAGAACCCUGCGGAUCAGCGGAUGCUUCAACAGACUUAUGGUGGUAACAUGCCAUCAAUGAGCGGAAUGGCACAGGCAGGGGCGUCUGAGCAGGUGGUCGAGGACCAGGAAUACGCCACUACCGCAAAUGCACCUACAGCUGCAGCUGAAACGGCCAUGGGUCAGGCCUACGAGCAAUACCAAGGUGCCCUAAGGGAAGUGUUCACGGGCAUUCAAAACGGUGUGCUACAAACGGCCGCAGAAUCGCUGCUAGGGGUUUCGGAGUGGCUUCUAUCCAAAGUGGUAGAAUUAGGCCUUACUGGAGAUGACGAAUCUCUCUACCAAGACCGAGUCAAACUCUGGCGAGAUUUUAACCACGCCUGGCUUUCACUAUUGCAGAAGCAGAGAGACAUGGUUGAAUCGGGCCAAGCCCUGCAAAGAGGUCAAAGUCUGGUCGGCGAAGAGUAUCUACGGAAGAUGGGCCAGGAUAUUAUACGACUAUGCAACGGUAUCGAGCGACACGGUUUGGUUGACUACGAGUGUGGCGUGUGGGAAGAACACAUAAUUGAUAUCCUUGGGCAAUGCCUCGACGUAUACGAGAAUAGUCGCAACGAAGCCAGCUCAUCUGUCUCUAACCCGUCUGGGGUCGGCCAUUCUUCUCAUCAUGGGUCUCGAUAGGAUGUGGGGUCUGCCUAACCUCGGACAACAAUAAAUCACGGUUUACAGGUGGCAGACGAAUAGCAGGGAUUAAUCAUUGUAGCACUAUAUACAUUGAUAGGCGUUUCACCAGGCGUGUAAUGGUCUGUGUAGACUUAGCUAGGCCGCCACUCAUCGUCGGACUGGAGACUGUCGGUUGCCA